GUCUUGGCGUAUCGAGGCCGAAUGAUACAAUGGACUAGGAACUAGUCAUGUCUGUCGCGUGGAUCUCGCUGUGAAAGGAGACCGCACAAGCAUGUGCGACAACAUAAGUGGCAACCCGUUCGCCGGGCUGUUCUCCACGGACAAUGAUGCUGUCUCAUUCUCCUCGCAGCGUCACGCCGUCGGCGGCGAGGCCGAGGACGCAGGCCGCGCGACCGAGGACGAGCGCGAGCCUCGCGCGAUGGAGCCGCCGGCGGACCUCGGCGACAAGGUCGACCGACUGAUGGCGCAUGUAUUUGGCUUGACGCUGCGUCGAGACGGCGACAGCCGCGCGCCGGCCUCCUUGGUGUUCGUCGACGCCGACUCGAUGGAGCACGCCGUCUUCGAGCGCCUGAUGCUGCCGGACCCCAGGGCCGAGGCACGGGACAUCGACGGCCACGUUGUUCAGACGCAGGUCAUAACCUACCUCUACGAGUGCUACUGCCGUUUAAAGCGCUACCGAGCAAACGACGGCCUUGAGGACACCGUGAGAGACGCAUGUCAAAUCGUACUGCGAAACGCCAACACGGCCUUGCAGGAACCGGAUUUGUUUCAGUACCAGGAGGUUCACAGCCAGUUUGUUGCUUUAUUUACGGAUGAUGUUACGUCAAAGUUGGAAUUAUCGUUGUUCGUCAGUGGCAUAGUAGAGGAAUUAAUAGCGGCGAAUCGAGAGAGUGAUGUAGAGGAUAUAAUUGCCAGGUCGUUCUCUCCGCUCCUUGACAUUGUCCAGAAGGAGGCAGCGGAGAGCAAUCUCUUCACCUUCCGCCAACAGUGGUUCGCUCUACUCAACACAUUUUCCACCAUCGAGCCGCUGGCAAAAUUAAUUAUUUGCCAUAGCACGCCAAAGAAAAGUCAGGGUUGCGCGUACUCGGACACGCUACUGGGUGUGCUGUUCAGCAUAAGCUGUUUACCGAAAACUGCCAAGGACCCGUACGAUCUCUUCGACAAGCCUCUACGGCAACCGAAUACGAUCAUGGAAGGCACCAUCUGGACAGCCAUGGAUAGUCUGAGCGACGCUCUGCACAAGGUUUUCCAUUCCUUGCUGAAAUGUUCCACGGAGCUUCGCCAUUUAACCCUGCAAUGGUUGGGCAACUGCCUUCAUGCGAAUGCAAAUAGAGGAAAGCUUUGGAACUCUCACAUGGAGAUGGGAUUACUGGGAGUGCUGUGCGUGUCGGAUGGCUUUAUGUUGAACAUAGGCAAUGUAUUGUUGCGCCUCUGUCAGCCGUUUUGCGCUAAGUUGAAUGACGCCAAAGUACCGAGGAUUGAUCCCACGUACUGCAGCGCCGAGGCAAAGGACGAAGCUGAGAGCCUACAACGUGGUAUACAUAUGAAAGGAUUGAGCUCGGAGACGUGUCUGAUACCAACCCCAGAAGGCGAGAGUCGGCCAACGUCAGAGUCAUUCGGAUUUGUAACGGAAUGCUUCUUCCUUACGCAUCGUGCAUUAGAUCUCGGUUACAGAGUUAUCCUGGACAAGUUUCUAAAAACAAAUCAAGAUUUGGCCAGGAUACAGAGAGCUUACAACGAUGCACGAACUGGUGGCAGUUCAGAGCUGCUAGAGCUCAUAACGCAACGAAUGGAGGGCGAGAUGAUCAAGUAUCUGUCUCUCAAAGCGAGUCUGUUGGUGCCGGAGAUGUUGAAACACUUGGCGAAAUUUCACGCAAUAACGGCAUUCUGGUUGAUACAAGUCAAUUUGCACGUUGUAACUGAAGAAGAGGACAAGGAGAAUUUUGCGCCGCAACAAUAUAUGCCUGUUACAUUCCCGUUAUCAGAAACUGUUCCAAUUACACUAAGAUGCAUUCCUGAGUUCGUGGUGGAGAAUACCAUUGGAUUCUUGUGUUUCUUACGUCGCCUGAGUCCAAACACAUUCGAGGAGCAGGGUCCGAGUUUUCUGAAUCCGAUCCUGACGGAGAUUAUAGUUUUGAUGGAGUCUCAGCAUCGCCUGUACAAUCCGCAUCUGCGCGCGCGCUUAGCCGAGAGCCUGGAGGCGCUUUUGCCGAUUGCCGACGAGAACGUAGCUGCGACAACGCCAAACCUAGGAACAUUCCACAGGGAACAGCUAUUCCUCACACAUCCGCACAGGCAGCAGAUCAUUGUCAACUUGCUGCAUGUGUUUGUAAGCAUCGAGAUGACUGGGCAGAGUGUACAAUUUGAACAAAAAUUCAACUACCGUCGUCCAAUGUACAUUGUUAUGGAUUACUUGUGGAAACUCGCCGAGCAUCGUAAUAACUUUACUACUUUAGCUCAAGAAGCGGAAAGCAACAUGGAAGCGGUUCAGCCGCCUCUGUUCCUGCGUUUCAUCAAUCUAUUAAUGAAUGAUGCUGUAUUUCUCUUGGACGAAGCCUUAUCAAAUAUGGCACAGUUGAGGCAAAUGAUUCAGGCUAGGGAAAGCGGAGAAUGGAAUAAAUUGCCACCAAACGAACGCGAGCAACAGGCGGCAUAUCUUCAGCAUAUCGGUAUGAUUGCUCGCUUUGACAAUAUUCUAGGUAGAAAAACUAUACAGGCGAUAAAAAUGUUGACCACCGAAAUCAAGUCAAUCUUCUGCCACCCAACCAUGGUGGACCGUAUCGCUUCCAUGCUCAAUUACUUGUUACUGCAACUGGUAGGACCGAAUAAAAAAAAUCUCAAGGUGAACGAUCAAAAGGAGUAUGCGUUCAAUCCUGCAAAUUUGGUGUUGAAUAUAUGCGAGAUUUACAUUAAUCUAAGUAAAAGCGAAAGCUUUACACUAGCUGUGUCUCAAGACGGACGUUCUUACAGUCAAGAACUGUUUAAACUUGCGGACAAUGUGCUCGUUCGUAUUGGUGGCGUGGGAAUCUUGGGCGAUUUGGAUCAAUUUGCGAAAAGCGUGGAGGAGGCCGCAAAUCAAAAGCGCGAGGAAGACGAGAUCUUGAUAGGCGUUCCUGACGAAUUUCUAGAUCCAAUUAUGUCGACUGUCAUGACGGAUCCUGUUAUCUUGCCAUCGUCGAAAAUAACGAUCGAUCGUCAAACUAUAGCAAGACAUUUGCUGAGCGAUCAAACUGACCCUUUCAAUCGGUCUCCACUUACCAUGGACAUGGUAAAAUCGAAUGUUGAACUUGAGCAAAAGAUAAAAGAGUGGAUCUCGCAGAAAAAACUGGAGAAGGCGUUAAGGACUGGUGCAUAAUUUGUUGUCAAUUAUAUCACGAUGGAACACUAUGGAAUUGUAUGUUAUUACAAAUGCGACAACUAUGCUACAGUAAGUUCAGAUUUGUGGCAAUCUGUGAAACGGGAAAUACGUAUUUCAUCGCAUCGUUUCAUCGGAAUUUUACUACUCGCUGACGUUUGAUUUGCCUAAAGUGGCAAAUAAAAAAGCAAUUUUGUAUACAUACUUUGCAAUGUAAUUAUGUACAGGGUUAUAGGAUUACGACAGUUAUAUAUCGUAAUGAUUGAUUAAUAAAAUGUUGUAUACAUA